AUGGGUGGCCACCAGCCCGGCUCCCAGAGAAUUAUUAGUUUAGAAUUAUUAGCAAUGUUAUAUCAGCAUGCAAGAGAGGGUGAGGACGGUCACUGGGACGUAAGCAACGGCCGUGGCACUACUACUAACUCCACACAGUACACUGUAGACGGACUCUCCCCCUUCACCGUGUACUCCUUCAGGGUGGUGGCUGUCAACGCCUUGGGCGAGAGUCAACCUUCCAAGGAGUCCUACUACAUGGUCACUCUCCGCGAAUUGCCUGAGGGGAAGCCAAUCUUCACAGCGGCACACAAUGCCUCUUCCACCAGCCUACAGCUACACUGGAAGGCUCCCAACCACUCCUCCAUCCACGGAGAGUUCCUGGGUUACCGCAUCACUCUCAAACCCAGAGAUAUUCCCAACCCACGCUCAGACCAGGUGGUCAAGAUCACCAUCAGGGACCCUGGCGUGAAUAGUCACGUUGUACAGGGCCUCCGCACCUACACCCAGUACUUGGUGGCACUACAAGUGUUUAAUCCUGAAGGAGACGGACCGACUACCACUGUCGCUGUUAUGACCGACGAAGGUGUGCCGGGUCCACCUGAGAACCUGACGCUCCUGCGGGUGCACGACCGCUCGGUGGACCUGCAGUGGAGCCAGCCCACCGAGCCUAAUGGCGAGAUCCGGGGCUACCGAGUCUACUACAUGAAGGGAAACUUCACCAGCGUGCGCACCGUCCACGCUAACGACCCCAACAUCCUCUUCUCGCUCCACGACCUCGAGCCCAACACACACUUCAAGGUAUGGACGAAGGCCUUCACACAGCGUCAUGAGGGCAAGUCUUCCUCUCCGGUGUUUGUGUCCACGGACGUCUCUGGUCCGGGAGCUCCUUCCAUCUCUAACCUCACCUGCCAGGCAGAUGCCACUCUCUACCUGCAGUGGCUCCGCCCGGAGGAGCUCUACGGCACCGUCGAUCUCUAUUAUAUCUACUAUCGCCCCGAGGACGCCUUUGAGUUUGAGGAGAUAGCUGUCAACUCCGUCAACAACCGCCUGCAGCACAAUUUCCUGCUGACCAAUUUAAGCUACAAUACAAUGUACGAAGUGAAGAUACGUGGUGGUACUUAUUCGCAUUUCUUCUCCGAGAACAACAAGACAUACAAGGGAGCAUUUUCACACCCACGCAAGAUCCUGCUCUACCCAGACUGUCACAAGAUGCCUCACCCAGAUGCCAGUGGACCUGGCUUUGAAAUGAGUGCAGGCAUCAUUGCUGGCAUCAUUUGUGCCACCUUUGCCAUCUUCUUGCUUGUCAUUGCCAUGGUCAUCUGGAGGCGAUUUUUUCAAGGAGCUUAUUAUUACCUCGAUGAUCCACCCAAAGCUGCACCAGUCCUUAUGCAUGACUGGGAGAAUGACACUGGUGGGGAAGGCUCAUAUGGGCCUAUUGAUGUUCAUGACUUUGCCAAGCAUGUAGCGGACCUACAUGCUGACGGAGAUAUAGCAUUUUCCAAGGAAUAUGAAGCAAUACAAGCAGCCUCUGCCCAGGAACAUCAUCCAGCAGAACACUCACAGCACCCAGACAAUAAACAGAAGAACCGUUACCUCAACAUAGUUGCUUAUGAUCAUACUAGAGUCCCUCUUCGACCACUCCCAGGCCAAAAGAAAGCCAUCGAAUAUGUAAAUGCUAAUUAUAUUGAUGGCUAUGAUAAAGCUCGUGCAUACAUUGGUACCCAAGGACCAUUACCAUCCACCUUUGACACCUUUUGGAGAAUGGUCUGGGAACAGAGGGUUCACAUUAUUGUCAUGAUCACCAAUCUUGUGGAGAGGGGACGGGAAACUGUUAAAAAACAGCCAAAGCUAGCUACCCAAUGCCUAGAGAAAAAAUGUGACCAGUACUGGCCUAAGGAAGGAAGCGAAAUAUACGGCUUAAUUCAAGUUCGAUUGGUGCAUGAAGAAGUGCUUGCUACAUAUACAAUCAGAAAAUUUGCUAUUAGACACAUGAAGGUGAAAUGCAAGAAAUCAGGUGGGGGUGAGCGUAUUAUAUACCAGUAUCACUACACCAACUGGCCUGACCAUGGUACUCCAGACCAUCCUCUGCCAGUUUUAUCAUUUGUACGCAAGUCUGCUGCAGCUAACCCAGAAGAUGCAGGUCCUAUAAUUGUCCACUGCAGUGCUGGUGUUGGAAGGACAGGCACCUACAUUGUGCUGGAUGCCAUGCUGCAACAGAUACGUGUUAAGGGUCGUCUCAACAUCUGGGGUUUUCUUAAACACAUUCGCACUCAGCGAAAUUUUCUUGUACAGACUGAGGAGCAGUACAUUUUCAUCCAUGAUGCUCUCCUGGAAGCUAUCCAGAGUGGGGACACAAAUAUCCCACGUUCUGGACUAGGUCGGUAUAUUCGUAUGCUGCAAGCUUCAGGAGGCUCUCAAGAGAAACCACAGCCUUGGUAUCUUUUAACUCAUCAGUACAAGCUGGUGACACAUUUUCAACCACGUGAUUUCAAUGUGGUCAGUGCUGUAAAGCCUGUUAAUAGGGAAAAAAAUCGUAGUACAGACCAUUUACCAAUGGAAAAUGGUCGAGUGCAUCUAACGCCAAAACCCGGUGUUGAUGGCUCGGAUUACAUUAAUGCCACCUGGCUCAUGGGUCAUCAGAGAUUACGAGAAUUUGUACUCACUCAACAUCCACUUCCUUCUACUAUACUUGACUUCUGGCAGAUGGUUUGGGAUCACAAUGCCCAGACAGUUGUGGUUCUUACAUCUGUAGAUGAAAGUCAAGGAUUCCCACAGUUUUGGCCUGCUCAGCAUGAUGAUUUUGAUUCAGAGCACUGGAAGGUACGAUAUCUGGAGGAAAAGCUGAACUCAGGGCUUGUAACAGUGGAUGUGGCAGUGCAGAGCUUACAAGAUGAUUAUGAAUUGCCAGUCAGAUUGAUACAUGCGCCAGGUUGGCCACAAACACUCCCAGCACUUGCUACUACACUUAGCCUUGUCUCCUUAGUAUCUGAGGCCCAUACUAAUUACCAAAAUGGCCCUUUAAUUGUUGUUGAUAGGUAUGGUGGUACGGAGGCUGCCACAUUCUGUGCAUUAACUACCCUAAAAAGUCAAGUAGAGUUUGAGCAGCAUUUGGAUACUUACAUGUAUUGUAAACUUUAUCAUAACAGAAGACCAAGCAUUUGGACGAGUCAGGAUGAUAUUUUGUUUGUUUACCGGGCAAUGGAGUCUUACAUUGCAAGUGAUGGUAGCCACAGUGGUAGUAGUAGUGACAUGGCUGGACUCAAUGACCCUAUUAUUACCAUGCCACCUGUCACCACAAUUGCUCCCUUAGCACCAGUAGCCCCUAAAGCUCCUCCUUCACCACUUCCAAUAACUUCACCACCUCCCACCCCAUCAGCUCCAACCUUACCCAGUGUUAGUACACCUCCCAGUACCUGUGCAAAUGGUCAGGUGCCCUCCAAUGGACAUGCAACUUUAACAGGCAAUGGUACUGUCAGAGUGCCUCCUGAGGGUAUGGAGGACACCCCACAAGCAACAGAUAUCCCUCCAGUUUGAAUAUUUUUUUAUAUUCUCAGUUGUAACAAAAGACAUUAUUUAUAAUAUUUAAGUGGUGCAUUCAUGAGAUGAAAUAUUGAACUACUGCCAAGUUCUUGUCUUUAUACAUACUGUAAAUAUGAUACAAGCUUAUGAUAUUUAAGGAGUAAUAUGUCUGUGAAAUUGAAUGAAAGCUAAUGGUGUUUUAUAAGUGAAUUGAAGAGUGAUAUGUGACAUAUAGUUAUUUGCUUUAUUUGAAAUGAAGCUAGUGGUAAUUAAAAUGUGAAAAUGCAAGAACUGUGGAUAAAAGAUACUGACGACAAUGAAAACACAUCAAUGCAUUUAAUGUAUUUUAAUAAAAGACAUUGUUAGUUAUAAGUGAUGCAUUCGUCCUGGAAAUUAAUAAGCAGUUAAAAUCUGUUAGGUGCGCUGCCCCCACAAACCAGUGGUAAAAGUAGCCAGUUGUGUGUAAGGAACCAUGUGUCCUGCUGCUGCUGCUGUUACUUCUUAUCCAUGUUAAAUGCUUCAGGGCAACUCUGUGCUGCUUUCCCAGACAAUUGCUUUUUGUACAGUGUAUAGCUAGUUUUCUAAAUGAGGGGGACCAUUGUGUGGCCUACCCUGUCAUGUACAGAAUAAUUUUCGUAAUUUGUCUGUGGUGUCUUUCAUUUAUGAUGAUAUUUGUUUACAUGCUGCUUUAUAGCUUACAUUUUCUACAUGAUUGCAGAGAACAUUAACAGGGAGGAUGUUCCAUGUGUAAAAGACAUCUAGUCUUAGCUAUUGUAAUUUAGAGUAUAGAUAUUUUGGUAUGGAGGUGCAUUUGCCUUGAUUCCAUAGUGCUCCUGAAAAAUGUAUUUUCUCAGAUAUUUUUUUUUCCCCAUUUCAUGAUUGAAUGGUUAGAUGAGGUGUAAAUUUUUUAUUAGUGCAUGAAUAAGGCUACAUACAAAUUUGAUCUUGCAUCAAGCCCUGCACAAAGAACACAAUCAUAAUUAGUGGACUGGUUGCAACCUAAAUGCAUUUAGUUAACGUAGUUGGAAUUAAAAUUAAACAAAUUUAGAUUUAUUGCACAAGAUUAUUAGUUGGUUUUGGGUGCUUACCUGCUUUCUUGUUCAGCAAUACAUGGUGGGAUGGUUAACCCUAGAGUUUGUAAAAAAAAUCAUGUGCUUUGGGUUAAAAGCAGCAAGAGCUUGGCAUAAACAUUGUAUGAUAAGGAACCACCAAACGUGUAUAACCCCAGUUUCAAAUGAGUGAAUAUUUACUCCAAUAUUUGUUUAUAAAAGCUAACUGUAUAAAGAGAGAGUUCCAUAAAGUAAUUCAUAAUGUUUAGACAGAAUCAGAUGGUAAAUUUAAAAUGAUUUCAUGGAAAUAGAAAACUAUAGAUAUGUUUAAGGUAUAAUUUUGAAAUACACAAUAUUGAUGUCAGUGCUUUGCUAGAAAAUAUGGAUGUUAAACAGUUUAUCUGUAAUGAAGAUGUCCUCUUUGAAAGAUCUUACAUUGAUCGUUGACAUAACAUUAAAAGCAAAUAUUAACCCAAAAAGAAGCUUGAAAAUAUAGAAAAAGAACACUGUUAUAAGGACCUAAGACAGUUGCAUCCUGGGACCUGUUCACUCUUAAGAAAUAUAAGUGUACAUGAAAUACAGUAUAUAACACCAAAGCAAUUGCAGAGGAAGAGAGGCUAUGUCAGGUAUAAGCAGUGGCCACAAUGGGGGUGGAGCAAAACAUUGUCAAGAACCAUGUGGACUAAGUUAGUGAGAGUAUAACUUGCUGCUUUUUGUGUAUUCAUAUUAGAAACUCCAGUCAGCAAAGAUUCCAGUUUCUGGAAGCAUAACUGAAUACAAUUUCUAAUACAAUUUAAGUAUAGUAGGAAACUACACCAUCUCCACUAUCUUGGCCCACAUGAUUGUAGACCACACUUCGUCCCAUCCACAUGAUGACAUGGCCAUCAGGCGACCUUGCCUUCCCUCAACUUAAACCUGCUCUGACUGCUACUUGUAUGUAAUCUGAUCUCGCCUCUUUCACAUGUACUUUGUCUUUACUGUUCCUUGUGCCCUUUAUAUCAUAAGAGUGAAUGAGGCCCCAGGACCAAAACAUUUCCUAAUAAAUUGCUUAAGUGUUUUCAUAUGUAGUGUUUUCCUCAAAACUCAGAAUUUCUCUUUCUGUGAUGUGAUUAAAGUUUGAUUAGUCCUACAUAACUGUUCAAAAUGACAAAACAGUGUACUUGGGUUUGGCAUCAUUGUAGCACUACACAGAUUUGCAUUCCUAUUUACAGCUUCAGUGUAUAAGCUCAUAACACCUUUCUUGAAUGUGACCAAGGCUUGUCAAUUUUAGCUUCUGUAGAGAUCCAUCUUUUUCUUUGUUAGCCCCGGUCUGCUGGGUUUGUGACCUUUAAAACAGAUUCUGCCUUGCUUCAUUAGUUCUGUUUCAAGUCACAUCAUGGUUAUAUAUUUCAGGAGAGCAUUUGUAAAACCUAGAAAUACAUUCCAUGUGUCCCAAGAUGUCUUUGUGCCUUUUCCAUCACACCCAUUGAAUGCACGAAACAUCAGUAUCGACAUUGUUUGUUCUGGGUCAGAGGUGGUUGCAGUUUCAUGUUUUGCAAUAUACAGUAUUUGUAGGGUUUAUUUACACUUCAGUCACUGGAAUGCUGUGCUACUUGUUAACAAAAGUGGAAAUCAUAUCUAUAUAUGAUGUUUGAACCAUAAUCAUUGGUGCCCCCUUGUGCAAAAUUGAGCAUGUCAGCUUCGUGUAAGCUUGAUUCUGUCCUUUAUUGGUCUCUCAAUGGUGUCAUAUAGUGGAACAUAUUCCAUUUUGUUUCUCAGGAAGUAUAUGUGAGUUUGUUUUUUUAUUUGUUUGUGUUCUUGGUUUAUUUUAUUUUCCAUAUUUUUUUUUUAAUUUAUUGCCAGUAGCACUUCAAAGUUUUGCCAUCAACCCUAUUGUAGCUUUGGACUUGGCAUCAACCCAACUGCAGUUUUGAGGCACAAUGCCUAUAGAGCCAGCAAGAGUAGGCUGGUAGUCUUUCUGUGUUAAGGUGGAGAUAUGAGAGCACAUGGUGCUCUUUGCCUAGUAUUGUUAUGGUGCAUAUUUAUCAGUAACAGUACAGUUAUUUUGGCAAUAUUUAUAGUCAGAAGUAUUAUAUUUGACCUCUUUGUUUUAUAUGUUAGGGCUUUGUAAGGCACAUGGUUGAUUUGGGUUAAUUUGGGUGUCAAGUGUUCAUGUUAAAAUCUCACUUUUUUCCAGGAAUACCACUAUGAUAUUCUUUUCAUAAUUACACUUGAUCUGUUUGCUGGUGUUUGGCAAUGUAUGCGAUAGAAAGAGUUAAACUAGAUAAACUUUGUUGAUUUGAGCACUUAGUGUGUAUAUUAAACUCAGUUUCUCAAUAAAUGCAGAUUUAUAAAGCUGA